AUGAAUGAUAGCAGCGAAUUUUGUUCGUAUGUGCCACCUGAUUUCUUACAUGAACGAUUUUGGUUAGUGUCAGUUGCUGGUACGACUACUGCUGUUCUGUCGAUUAUUUUAAAUAUUAUAUUACUUAUCGUUCUACUAAAAAGGAGGAAAUAUCGAUAUUCGUAUUUAUUAUAUUCUCUAUUAUUAGCAUUUUUUGAUAUUUUAAUCGCUGUAUCGUAUGUUCCGCUAAUGUCAUUAUCACAUCUCGCCGAUUUUUUAGAAUCGCCAUUUUUGCUGCGAUCAUGGUUUAAUUAUAUGCUUCCGAUGAUAACGAUUUCACAUAUAGCAAUGACAUCGUCAUCAUUUUUAAUGUUGGCUGCAAGUUUCGAAAGAUACUGCAUGGUAGCAAAAUUGGAUCGAAUAAAAUGGCUUACCACACAUCGAGCGAAUAUAGCAACGGUCGCAUUCAUAUUCGGUUUUUUCACUAAAAUAACACUUGCUUUUGAAUUCAACAUAAAUCACAAUUUGGAAUGCAAAGAAUCAAUGUUGGAAUACAACUUGGAAUUAUCAGUAUUGGCUCAAAAUCCUACUUACAAUUUGUGGUGGCGUUUAUGGUUUCGAAAUAUUGUAACUGUCUUAUUCCCAUUUUUUCUACUUUCGUUUUUGAAUAUACAAAUCGUUACUUAUUUGCAACAAAAAAAACAGUAUGAACAGUGCUAUCUCAACGAAUUUCAAAGAAAAAUGCGAAUUCGAGCAGCAACUCGAACUCUUGUCUUAGUCGUUUUCACAUAUCUUUUGUCUAAUGUAUUAAAUGUUAUUAUAACUAUAUGGGAAUAUAUUGAUAUGGAAUCACUGACAACUCGAUUCAGAACUUUUUAUAUUUUUAGUGUUGAUACGGUAUCACUAAUGACAGUUCUCGCUGGAGCACUACGUUUGCCUAUAUAUAUGUCUUGUCAACCUGAAUUGCGCGCUGAAGUUUUACGAUCUUUUUCUUCAUUAUUCACACAAAAAUUGAGGAUGAAAGUAAACUAA